AUGUCUUCCUCCAAGAAAUACUACAAGGAGAAAAUUGCUCGUCGCAAAGAGGAGAAAGCGGAAGAACCAGAGCAGCCAAAGUACAGAGACAGAGCUAAGGAGCGAAGAGAGGAUCAAAAUCCAGAUUAUGAGCCAACUGAAUUAGGUUCUUUUCAUGCUGUAGCUCCUCCUGGAACCGUCGAUCUUCGGUCAGCUGAUGCUCAUAAGAUAUCCAUCGAGAAGAGCAAGUACCUCGGAGGUGAUGUGGAACACACGCAUUUGGUCAAAGGGUUGGAUUAUGCUUUGCUUAAUAAAGUGAGGAGCGAGAUUGAUAAGAAGCCAGAUGCUGGAGAAGAUGGUGAUGGAAAGUCAAGAAAAUCGAAGGAAGACCAACAAAUAUCAUUUCGCACAGCCACUGCUAAGUCGGUGUAUCAAUGGAUAGUGAAGCCUCAGACUGUUAUGAAGACAAAUGAAAUGUUUCUACCUGGUCGAAUGGCAUUUAUUUUUAACAUGGAGGGUGGAUAUUCAAAUGACAUUCCAACCACCUUGCAUAGGAGUAAAGCUGACUGUCCAGUGCCAGAUGAAAUGGUUACUGUCAGUGUUGACGGUUCUGUGCUAGAUCGAAUUGCUAAAAUUCUGUCAUAUCUUCGCCUUGGAUCAUCCGGGAAGGUUCUGAAGAAGAAAAAGAAGGAAAGAGAUGCCAAAGGGAAGGUUUUGGCUUUGGGAAAUGAAUAUGAUGGAGAGGACAAACCAUCAAAGCCUAAUGGUGGAAUGUCUAAUGGUAGAACUGAAAAGGAAAUUUUGCCACCUCCUCCACCCCCUCCCAGGAAAAAUUAUCUUGAUUUGAGAGAGAAGCAAGGCCCAACUGUUGCUAGAGCAGAAGAGGAUGACAUAUUUGUGGGGGAUGGUAUUGACUAUGAUAGUCCUAGGAAGGACAUGAACCCAAGCCCUCUCUCAGAGGAUAUGGAAGAGUCGCCUCGACACAAGGAACGAGUUUCAUAUUUUGCUGAACCUGCUUAUGGUCCAGUGCAACCCUCUGCUGCUACUCAAGAAUGGCAAGAACUGAGUGGAUAUGAUGCCUUGCAAACACAGGCUUUGGCUGGUGGAUACCAGGGUGAGUGGCAGGACUACCAAUAUGCUGAGCAAAUGGCUUACCCUGAGCAAUACCUUCAGGCCAACAUGCAAGGUUAUGAUGUACAAGCAGGAUUGAACAUUCCACAGGAUCCACGGUUCAUGACUCAAGAAGAGAAGGAUCGAGGAUUGGGAUCUGUGUUCAAGCGGGAUGAUCAAAGGCUUCAACAAUUGAGGGAGAAGGAUGCUCGUGAGAAGGAUCCAAAUUUCAUAUCUGAGAGUUACUCUGAAUGUUAUCCUGGGUAUCAGGAGUACAACCGAGAGAUUGUUGACAGUGACGAUGAAGAUGACUUGUCGAAAAUGGAUAUGGGAGGACGAGCAAAGGGUCGACUUCAUAGGUGGGACUUUGAAACAGAAGAGGAAUGGGCAACAUACAAUGAGCAGAAGGAAGCAAUGCCAAAGGCUGCUUUCCAGUUUGGUGUGAAGAUGCAAGAUGGAAGGAAGACAAGAAAGCAGAACAAGGACCAGAAGCUCAACAAUGAGCUGCAUAAGAUUAAUAAAAUACUGGCUAGAAAGAAGAUGGAGAAAGAUUCAGGUGGUGAAGGUGGACAUCAUAACGAUGAUGUGCAACCUGGAAAGAAGCUUCGGAUCUCAGGUUAAAAGUUUCAGUUCCUUUACCAGAAAGGUGAAAAGCUAAUAGUUCGUUGGGCAGAUGUGUGAUUUCUGCGACGAAUGUAAACUCAUGCAACAUGGAUUCAAAGUGGUGAAAUGCCAAAUUAAGUUUGGAAAUAGGUGUUGUAUUAGAACUGUGGUAUGAUUGCUUUUAUACCAUUAGUGCUUUUGACGUACUGAUGUUCGGGAAAAAGGAAACACUCGUUCGGCCGCAGUUUGAGUGGGAAAAUCUUCUUGCCCUUUGGGUCUGACAGUGGUGGAUCUUGACUUCUAGUUGUAUGACGUCACCCAAAUGGAAGACAGCCACUGUACUAUUUAUUAUUAUUAUUAUUAUUAUUUCCUUCCUAUGUAAACAAAUGCAUUAAUGCAUUAAUGGAAGACGGUCGCAUUAACUACA